AUGCUCAAGUAUUCGGGCGACACCCGCUAUUUCUCCACCCACGCCCCCUCAGACAAAGACUACAAGCCCCUCCCAAACCCUCCCCCUCCAAACUCCCCUUACCACACCCACGGCGUCCUCCUCGCCCGUCUCGAGCUCCUAGACGCCCUCGUCUGUUUCACCUACGCGAUCUGGACCACAGACUUUAGCAAAAACUGCUGCACCCUCUCCUGGGACACCCUCGAGCAGUUCCUGGGCUGGACAAAGACAAAGUGGACAAACGAAAGCAACAGCGAACGCGAAAAGGCCUUCGUCGGCGUCGUUUGGAUGAUCGAGACGUAUAUCCACGUCCGCAAGGCCGUCUACGGCGCCGGCCAGAUCCAGGGAGACAUCAGCGAUGUCUGUGCCACAGCCAGAAAGUCCAUCGAGAGCGCCAUGCCUCACGCAGACACCCUCGCGGGCUCGGUGGGCGUCACCCCGAACGGGAGCAUCGGUUCCCAGCCCACUCCCCCGAUGCUCCCGUCCCCCGCGAGCAUCGCGCCCGCUAACAGCGCCAACUCGACCCCAACGGGCCGGGCCUCCGAGGUGCCCGCCAACGGCUCGAGCGGCGUCUCUGCCCCAUUGCCCGCACACCACGGGCCUCCGCCUCAUGCAGCCGCCCCUCCCCGCCCCGCGAAGCUGCCGCAUAGCUCGAAGGAACAGCCUCCCCCUAUUGCGAACAAGAUCAACGUCCCCAUCUCAGCCAUGUUGACUCAUCAAGUGACCCAGGUCGUGGGCGAGGUGGUGGCAGCGAGCCAUUGCACAGAAAAGUCGGCGCCUGCCCUCACCCUCGCCGUGAUGGCAAAGCACUUUCCAAAGACGUUCUCGCGGAUCGUCCACUCCUCGUUGAACCACACCGAGGAAUCAGAACCUGACAUGGAAGACGACGAGGGCGAGCUCUUCUGGCCCGGCUCGGCGCAGCUGGGCGAGGGCAUCGGUUGGCUGUGCACCAUGGCGAAGGCCAUGGUCAAGGAAUUUGGACGGGACUACGGGUACAUGGGCUACGGCGGCGCGGUGCGCAAGCCCGAGGGCCUCGCCGCGCCCCCACCCCCCUCGCGGCGGUGA